GUUUCUUUCCGGAUUCUAUCGUUUUCGAUCGAAGUUCGGCUUUUAUUUUUGUUCUUGUCCUUGUUUUCAUACAUCGGUUUUUCUAAGGAUUACCUCAGGCUCAGCUCGGCCGCUGCGUGGAGAUGGAAGAUAUUGUUAACAACUAUAGGAAGAUGGCUAUUGGGGAGGCAGAUAACGAACUCAAUUUUGAUACAGAGGAAGCCGGUGAUGAGGAAGUGAUCGAAGAUCAGAUUGGCUUCCUGGUGGUUGGGACGGUGAUCUCCGAUCGGAAGGUUAAUUUUGAGGCGUUUCAGGAUGCGAUGACUUCAGCCUGGCGUCCUGGUAAGGGGAUAUCAAUCAAAGAAAUCGAUGAAAAAAGGGAGGCCAAUCUGUAUACCAGUCCAAUUGCAGCUCAACUACACGACAUACCCGCAUGGAAUGCGCCGCUUGGGUCGAUCACCUCACUUGGGCUUCUCUGUUUGGUCCGUCAACUAUCCAAGAAAGAACUCCCCCAAGCAAUUGGCAGAAAAUCUAUAAUUCGUGGGGAGCGAAUUUGAUGCAUCGGGGAUACCGAGG